AUGGCCGCCUCGUCUCAGUCUUCCAAUAACAUCCGACACCCUCUCCAGCUCCUGACAGACCAAGAAAUUCGAGCCGCAAGCGCAACCCUACUGAGAUACGUCUCAGACUCCGGCAAGCAGCAGGCAAAGGUACACUUCAAGAACAUCAGUCUCCAUGACCCGCCCAAGGCACUCUUACUCCCCUAUCUGGACGCCGAAGCGGCUGGCCUUCCACACGAAAAACGAGGAUACGUCCCGCGAUGUGUGGACGUUAUCUGGUCUACGGAGAAUGGCCGCUAUGUCACCGAAAGUGUAGUCAGUCUAGAUGCAAAGACAGUGAUUGCCGAGGACCAUAUGGGUCGGGGCCAGCAUGGCCCUAAUGACAGAUACGAAGUCCGCCAGGCAUCCCAAGUCAUACUAUCGGACCCGAAGGUUUUGGAAGCGAUCAAAGCGCUGAAGCUGCCCUCGGAUGUAGUCAUUGCUUGUGACCCCUGGAUGUAUGGAGCAGACAAAGACUCUACAGAGGAUACACCAAAGUACAUUCAAGCUCUACUCUACGCUCGAGCUCCCCACAAUCACCCUGACUCUAAUCAAUAUGCCUACCCUUUACCAUUCAGUCCACGUUACAACAUCCACACGGAUCAGGUCGUCGCCAUCGAUCCUCUGGCAACAGGUGGCGAAGAGAAUGGACUAGCUUAUCACACGGCUCCCGCGGAUACCCCAAUGGCUCACCUGCAACCCAACGAGUACUAUCCCGACUUGCUGGAUGAGGAAUUGAGGCAGGAUGUGAAGCCACUGCACGUGGUACAGCCGGAAGGACCUAGCUUUGAGGUGAAGGAGGGCAACCAGGUGUGCUGGCAAAAGUACAAGUUCCGAAUAGGCUUCAACUACCGAGAAGGGACUACGAUCCACGAUGUUCGCUAUGACGGUCGACCACUGUUCUACCGACUCAGCGUCUCGGAGAUGACAGUACCAUAUGGUGACCCGAGAAGUCCAUACCACAGGAAGCAGGCCUUUGAUCUGGGAGAUGCAGGAGCCGGUAGCUGUGCUAAUAAUCUAGCACUUGGCUGUGACUGUCUAGGCGCGAUCAAGUACUUCGGUGGCUGGCUGAGUGACGAUAAAGGCGAACCGGUGCCUGCUGAGAAUGUCAUCUGCUUGCACGAGCAAGAUGGAGGCAUCAAUUUUAAACAUACGAACCACCGUACCGGCAACCCGGCAAUCACUCGAGCGCGGAAUCUGGUCGUACAGAGCAUAAUUACAGUCGGCAACUACGAGUAUAUCUUCGCCUGGGUCUUCAUGCAGAACGGCAACAUCGAACUCGAGACCAGAGCUACAGGCAUCCUGUCCACACAGCUGAUUGACGACGGCAAGACCUCGCCUUGGGGUACAGUGGUCUCUCGCGGCGUUCUGGCAGCCAACCAUCAACAUCUUUUCAGUUUACGUAUCGAUCCCAUGAUCGAUGGCCCAUCCAACACUGUAAUUCAAGAAGAGAGCAUCGCCGUCCCGCAUACGGAAGAUGAGAAUCCGCACGGCAAUGCCUGGCGGGUCGUCAAGACACCCCUCGCUACGUCUGGACCCGCGGAUGCGGCACCUUUUGCAAACAGAGCCUUCAAGAUCGUCAAUGAAGGCAAGAAAAACCCCGUCUCCGGGAAUCCAGUCGGCUACAAACUCGUCCCUCAACCCUGCCAACUCAUCCUCGCCUCCCCCACGUCUGUCGCCCAUGCCCGCGCUCAGUUCGCAAAGCACCACCUUUGGGUUACGAAAUACCGAGACGGCGAUCUUUGGGCUGGAGGGAAGUGGACGAACCAAUCCCUCUGUGAAGUGAACGGGGUGGCCGAUAUGGCUGCCAGAAACGAGAACGUCAGGAACGAAGACCUGGUGGUCUGGCUAACGUUCGGGAUGACGCACAACCCUCGUGUCGAAGAUUUUCCGAUAAUGCCCUCGGAGAUUACGACGAUCAGCUUGAAGCCGGCGGACUUUUUUAGGAAGAACCCUGCGCUGGACGUUCCUCAGAGCGAGCAGAAGAGGAACAAGUCUGUGCUGGUACAGGAUCCGUGGCCGGGAGCUGAGAAGAGGGCGGAUGGGGCAGAUGCGAAGGGCUGUUGUGGGAAGGCGAAGUUAUAG